AUGAUUUCACUGAGAUAUCAUUUAAUGUUUUGUCUCAUUUGGCAAAUCAUAUCUAAAUUUGAUGGACACCGGGAUGUCAUUAGAAUCGGUGCUAUCUUUACGGAGGAUCAAAAGGAUAGCCAAACCGAGUUGGCCUUCAAAUAUGCCGUCUAUAGGAUCAAUAGGGAUAAGGCAUUGCUGCCAAAUACGACAUUAAUUUAUGAUAUUCAGUAUGUACCUAAAGAUGAUAGUUUUCAUGCAACCAAAAAAGCCUGCUAUCAGGUUAGCUCCGGUGUGAUCGCCAUAUUUGGUCCUCAGGACGACAAACUCGGUGCACACGUACAGUCACUGUGCGACGCACUGGACAUACCGCACAUUGAGGCCCGACAUCAUAAUCUGGCCAUCAAUAAUGUCAAAGAAUUUUCAAUUAACUUACAUCCCGGUGCUUAUAGCAUAUCCCAGUCGUUGAGAGAUUUAGUAAAAUUUCUCAAUUGGACACAAGUGGCCGUCAUCUAUGAGGAUGACAUAUCUUUAAUAAGUCUACAAGAGUUGGUACGAUUGCCAUUGAAGAAAAAUGUCCAAUUUAUUUAUAGAAAAAGUAGCCCUGAUCAUUUUCGUGAGACGCUCAGGGAUCUCAAAACACGGAACAUCUAUUCAAUUAUUGUCGAAAUUAAACCCGAAAAUCUACCGCUCCUAUUGACGGCUAUUCUCCAAGUGCAAAUGAAUGAAUAUAAAUAUCAUUAUCAUUUUACAACAUUUGAUUUGGAAACAUUUGAUUUGGAGGACUUUAAGUAUAAUUAUGUUAACAUAACUGCCUUCCGGUUAGUCGAUAGCGAUAAUCCAAUGGUUAGACAAACGUUGGGAGACAUCGAACGAUUCCAACCCAUUGGCAAUAAUAUUAUCAACAAAAGCAAUGUUAUUCAGGCCGGACCGGCACUCAUGUACGAUGCAGUGUACGCCCUGUGUCGGGGUCUGCACUCAUUGCAACAAAUGUCUCCACAUUUGCUUCGUUAUCCAAACAACGCUUCGUGCGAUUCGGAGAUCUCCUGGACUGACGGUUCGUCACUAUUUAAUUAUGUCGACUCUGUUGAAUUUCAGGGAUUAACCGGAAAAAUAUCGUUUAGAGAAGGGGUUCGUUCGGCCGUUAAAAUGGAUUUAUUAAAGCUUAGACAUCAAGUGCUCGACAAAGUCGGAGAGUUUACUAUCGAUUCGGGUCUUAAUAUAACAAAAUUACACGCUUUUCGUGAAUAUGGAUACAAUAAUAUUACACUCAAAGUGACUACAAUUGAGACCAGACCAUACGUAUCUAUCAAACGGGUCAAUGGAUCGGAUAGUAUAAAAUACGAAGGUUUCUGUAUAGAUCUGCUCAAUGUUAUUGCCAAAGAACUAGGUUUCAGUUAUGAGCUUUAUUUAGUACCCGACCGGCGGUUCGGUGCCUUCAAUACAACUACCGGCCAAUGGAACGGUUUGGUUCAGGAACUCAUGCUUAAGAAAGCAGAUCUAGCAGUGGGACCAUUGACCAUAUCCUAUGCCCGCGAAGAGGUUAUCGACUUUACCAAACCAUUCAUGAAUCUGGGAAUCGGUAUACUAUUUAAGAUACCCACCCAAAUGCCUACCCGUUUGUUUUCGUUCAUGAAUCCGUUGGCCGUCGACAUAUGGCUGUAUGUAGUGGUAGCUUACAUACUGGUCAGCUCAACCCUAUUUAUUGUCGCCCGGUUUUCGCCAUUUGAAUGGAAUAAUCCGCAUCCAUGUGAUAAGGAGUCGGAUAUUAUUGAAAAUCAAUUCAAUUUGGCCGACAGUUUCUGGUUUACAGUUGUGACACUAAUGAAACAGGGAUGCGAUCUGAAUCCCCGAUCGGUCAGCACCCGUAUUAUUGGUGCCAUUUGGUGGUUCUUUACGCUAAUCCUAAUCAGCUCCUAUACGGCCAAUUUGGCCGCUUUUCUAACAGUUGAUCGUAUGAUAACACCAAUUGAAUCGGUCGAGGACUUGGCCUCGCAAACCAAAAUACAAUACGGAGCACUGGAAGGUGGCAGUACUAUGACUUUUUUUAGGGACUCCAAGAUUGACACCUAUCGUAAAAUGUGGUCAUUUAUGGAAAAAAAUCCGACAGUAUUUGUUACCGACUACGAGGAGGGACGCAAACGGGUGAUCGAUGGCGACUAUGCCUUCCUUAUGGAAUCGACAAUGUUAGACUAUAUGGUUCAACGCGACUGCAAUUUGACACAAAUUGGAGGACUGUUAGACAAUAAGGGAUACGGAAUCGGAACGCCUAUGGGUUCCGUAUGGAAGGAUCGCAUUUCACUGGCCAUMCUAGAGCUACAAGAAAAAGGUGAGAUACAGAUGCUGUACGACAAGUGGUGGAAAAGUCCGGGACUAACCUGUAUUAGGGAUGAGGUUAACAAAGAAGGAAAGGCCAGUCCAUUGGGUUUGGAAAAUAUUGGCGGCGUUUUUGUUGUACUAUUGUUAGGUCUGGCACUGGCCUUAUUUACGGCAAUGUCCGAGUUUUUUAUCAAAGCCAAGAAAAAUGCCAAAGAAUCCAGACAAUCAAUUUGCAAUGAAAUGCACGAAGAGUUGGGUUUUAUAAUGCAAUGCGAGUACGUGCGACCCAAACGUCGGCCAACGGGCACCGGUAGUAGUAGUAGUAGUUCARGACUACGCAGAUAUUGCUCAAAGUGUAACUAUAAUUCAUCGUUGAAUACGGCCAGUCUGGCCGUACCGCAUACUAACGGUGUAAUGUCGGGACUGGACUUUAGGAAAUCGCCGCAAAACACUUGCGAUUACGACAGCUCUUAACAAAUAUUUAUACAGUAUUUAACA